UCCAGCAGCAACUGGACGCGCAAACGCUUGCGCUUAAAUUAUGGGAGAGGUGCGAUAUAUUUCAUAUCUUUUACUUUUCAUUAAUACUUUAUUAUUUACUACUUGUAGUACAGCGGUACAAGAAGUUGACGAUGUGGACUUACGCCCCUUCAUUAAAGUUGGUAGCAAAUAUUAUUUAGUGGCUCAGCACAUAGAGAUGGAUUGGUUCGAAGCGGCUCAUUUUUGUCGUUCUUACGACAGUGAUUUGUUAACGAUUGAAUCAUUGGCUGAAAAGAAUGCCUUAUUUUCGUACUUAAAGACAGUGGUUGAUGUUAUGUAUGCUUGGACAAGUGGCAACGAUUUGUCAGCGGAGGGAACAUAUAUGUCGUUGAAUAGUGGACGACGAAUGCUUUAUGCUUUUUGGGAGAAGAAUCAACCGGACAAUGCGAAUGAUGCGGAGGAUUGUAUAGAAGUCAUAAUAAACAGUCAUAGCUUUAGAAUGAACGAUGAUAAUUGUUCAGCAAAAAGGAAUUUUAUAUGUGAAAAGCGUUUGCCGUUAUAUGCACGUAAUGCCAUCACGAAAGCAGAAUUAAACUGCGAGAAAGUGACUGAGAGUUGUGCUUUAAAAAAACUAGUGGAAGUAUAUAAACAAACCGCAAAUAUAUUUAAUUGUAGGGAAUAAUAAUAUGUAAGUAAACAUCUUUGUUUUUCGAUACUAAGAUAUAUUAAGAUUGCCUUG